CAAAUGAGGUUAAAAUGACGGAUAAUGGUCAUCUAAAUCUCUUUCUGCAAGACUUAGACGAAAGAAAAGGCAGAAUCCCAUGCUGCCAAGAGGUCAGUCUUAUUCAAAGCCGCAUCAGAAGGGUUAUAAAGAGCAUUCUGCUAGAAGUGAGAAGAGAAAAUCCGUUCUUCAGGACGACGCUGAUCAACAGCGGAAGCUUUUAUGAGGGAACCAAGGUCGGACAGCCAGAUGAGUUUGACUUCCUCAUUCAACUCGACAGUUUUUCUGGCCCUGAGAGAUAUUACUUUCACGAACUUCCUUGUUCUACAAUGAUGGUGUUCCCUGCAGACGAAUCAGCUUGGGAAGACCUUUGCUUCUUUUUCCCUCACUCCAAACAGGAUUUGAGGUAUGGCUAUUUUGAGUGGAAGAAGACUAUCAAGACACCAUUUUAUAAGAUCUUCAACAAGAAAGCGAAAGAUUUUGAGGCAUUCGGAAUGAAGGUAGUGCCGUGGGAUUAUUACUCUAACGUGUCUACGCAACCACCUUUAACAAAACAUGGACCGGCAUAUAAUCUGUUGCUCGAAUGGAACGGCGGAGAACGGUACAAAGGCUUAAAAAUUAGCGUUGACUUGGCUUUAGCCGUCAGGAUAAACAAUCGACCUGAUAACACUGACAUUGAAUUUGAAACCCCAACAGGAAGAGUGCUUCGACUUCUGUUUGAUAAAUUACCAUUUUACUAUGCAGUUGGUGCGUACAGGAACAUGCUCACAGAAGUUCAGCCAAAUUUCUUUGCUGAUUGGGAUGCCGAUUCACGACCAGAAAAUUUCUGUCUACGUUGCUCGCACUCGUGCCUCGAGCAGGGAUUAUUUCGCCAGACAUUUGGCUUCGACAGCGGUCAAGCCAAGUGUCUUAGGUUACUGAAAGUAUUGCGUGACAUUGUAUUUCCUGAUACUACCGAAUUCAAAAGAAGGUCAAACGAUAGUGGUUUUUGGUUUUUUUUCGUCGAAUCAGCGGCUAAUACUUUGAAAAACACCGGCAGAUUGCUUUCUUCUUAUGUCCUCAAAACGCUGGUGUUGUUUGAAUGGCAGCUGUACCCUGAAAAAGAGCAGUGGUCCGGAAACAAUCUAAGCCAGCGAUUCCUCAACAUUCUUCGUAGUCUUGUCGAUCACUUGAAAGAAAGAAAAAUGCGAAGCUUUUUCUACGCAGAUUACAACAUUUUCCCUUCCUCAGUUACUCAAGAAAUGGAUUUUUUAAACGUUGCCAGUAUAAUCGCCAUUCUCCUUGAUGGUUUAUCUUUCGUCGACAACAUGAACGUUUAUAACUUCGAAGAAUGUUUGACAAAACUGAAAGAGGACUUUAUUGAUAUAAUUUAUCGCAAAAAAUCUCUUACCGACCUACUUUUAAGUGGCUUCUUGGACACUUUCUUCCAAGAUCCUUCUAUGGAAGAAGUCGUUCAGAAAUCCUUAAGAAAGGAAGGUAAGGCAACAGUUUGUCAAUAUUCAGAUGCCUUGGCACAUGGACUGGGAGACAAGGGGACUGACGAGAAAACAAGUUUAUGGAACAUCUACGUUCAAGCUUUGCUUAAUUCAAUAGCUCCAAAUGAGAGUUUAAUAUUGACAGAUGUUAAUGUGAAAGAUACGACGUCCCUGAGUCAAGCCGGACAACAAUUUGAGGAAAUAGCGCGUCGGAGAAUGGAGACGCGAGUGAGACGAAGUGCAAACGAUCUUCCCAGCUACAGUCUUUGGUCCCAGGAACAAUGGAGACUAGAAGGGUCAAGUUACAAGUACAAAACUGACGAACCAAGGAAGCUGUUGGAAUUUCUGUUCAGUGCAUUUCGAGAAGACAUUGUCAUAUUGCUUAAUAAAAUGAAAGACUGGUGAAUAAGAUUUAGGUAUUUCUUAA